CGUGCGCUCACAUCAAAGCGUCACCAUCGUCAGAGUGGGAUCCUACAAGAAGAGCGUUUGAAUCCACUUUUGAAUCUCAGCCUUGGUCGUUAAACGGUUGUUAUAAAUUAUUUUGAAGUCAACUGAUAAAUGAAAUAGGAUUUUCAAAUGGCUUUAAGAGGGUCACUGCGUCGUCUUCUACGGACUCAACUCAACAAUACCUGUCAGAGCAGAGCGCAUUCUGUGGCUGUUUUAGGAGCACCAUUCUCAAAAGGACAAAAAAGAAGAGGGGUGGAACAUGGACCCAAAGCCAUCAGGGAUGCCGGUCUGAUCGAGAGGCUUUCAAAUCUGGAUUACCCAGUGCAUGACUUUGGAGACCUGAGCUUCCAGUAUCUGGAGAAGGACGAGCCCUACAUGCACGUCCCCUUCCCUCGCACUGUGGGCAGAGCUAACAAACUGCUGUCAGGGGCCGUCAGCAACGCGGUGGGAGCCGGACACACUACCAUCAUGCUGGGAGGAGACCACAGCCUGGCCAUUGGUUCAGUGGAAGGCCACGCCCGGCAGUGUCCUGACCUGUGUCUGAUCUGGGUCGACGCCCACGCCGACAUAAACACGCCCCUCACCUCGCCCUCAGGGAACCUGCACGGACAGUCGGUUGCCUUUAUGCUGAAAGAGCUGCAGAACAAGAUGCCAGAGCUGCCAGGGUUCAGCUGGAUGAAGCCCUUCCUGUCGGCUAAGGACCUGGUCUACAUUGGCCUGAGAGACGUCGACCCUGGAGAGUACGACAUCCUGAAAGACUUGGGUGUCCAGUACUUCACAAUGAGAGACCUCGACAGACUCGGCAUCCAGAGAGUCAUGGAAGUCACUUUCGACCACCUCUUGUCAAGGAUGCAGCGGCCGAUCCAUCUGAGUUUUGACAUUGACGCGAUGGACCCGUCUUUGGCCCCGGCCACAGGAACACCAGUAAACGGAGGACUGACCUACAGAGAAGGAAUCUGGAUCACAGAGGAGAUCCACAACACAGGGUUGUUGUCGGUGAUGGACCUUGUUGAGGUCAACCCAGCCCUGGGGGCGAGUCGUGAGGCGGUGGCGAGCACCGCUUCCAUGGCGGUGGACGUCAUCGCAUCCGCCCUAGGGCAGACCCGCGAGGGAGGUCCCAUCACCCAGGAGUCGCAAACACUCAAAGACGACACGGAACAGCUUCGACUCUAGAACCACAUUCUAGAACCACAUUCUAGAACUCAAAAGACUUAACAUAUUGGCAUUCCUGAAUUUUUUUAAAAUAAAAAAAGACUUUACACACAGAACAGAUGCACUGAAACUGUAGUUGAAUUGUUUCAAAGCAUUUAGGUGUGUGUGUGUGUGUGUGUGUGUGUGUGUGUGUGUGUGUGUGUGUGUGUGUGUGUGUGUGUGUGUGUGUGUGUGUGUGUAUUACUGUAUGGCAACCUGUUCAACAGUCAGUCAAACAAUCAUGACUGAACUUGGAAAGCCUUGUUCAAGGAUUACAUCGCUAACUUACUAAGAUGAAAAGCUUUAGCCUGGGCCCAGAUCUGUUUUCAUGUCAACUGUUUGCCAUGACAAGACUGGCAAAAUAGUAGUACAAAUAGACUGGUAACCCAGGCUAUUAAAAGCCCACAUAUAAAAUUUUAACUGUAAUUGAUGUGAUCAACAGCUGGUCGCUCUGGCCUUGACAGGACAGUCUCCCUAGCCCCACUAUUUAAAUGUUGACUAUUCGAUGUGAUCAGUGGUAUGCCCCACAGGGGGUGAUCAGUGGUAUGCCCCACAGGGGGUGAUCAGUGGUAUGCCCCACAGGGGGUGAUCAGUGGUAUGCCCCACAGGGGGUGAUCAGUGGUAUGCCCCACAGGGGGUGAUCAGUGGUAUGCCCCACAGGGGGUGAUCAGUGGUAUGCCCCACAGGCGGUGAUCAGUGGUAUGCCCCACAGGCGGUGAUCAGUGGUAUGCCCCACAGGCGGUGAUCAGUGGUAUGCCCCACAGGCGGUGAUCAGUGGUAUGCCCCACAGGCGGUGAUCAGUGGUAUGCCCCACAGGCGGUGAUCAGUGGUAUGCCCCACAGGCGGUGAUCAGUGGUAUGCCCCACAGGCGGGGAUCAGUGGUAUGCCCCACAGGCGGUGAUCAGUGGUAUGCCCCACAGGCGGUGAUCAGUGGUAUGCCCCACAGGCGGUGAUCAGUGGUAUGCCCCACGGGGUGAUCAGUGGUAUGCCCCACGGGGUGAUCAGUGGUAUGCCCCACGGGGUGAUCAGUGGUAUGCCCCACAGGGGGUGAUCAGUGGUAUGCCCCACAGGUGGUGAUCAGUGGUAUGCCCCACAGGGGGUGAUCAGUGGUAUGCCCCACAGGGGGUGAUCAGUGGUAUGCCCCACAGGGGGUGAUCAGUGGUAUGCCCCACAGGGGGUGAUCAGUGGUAUGCCCCACAGGGGGUGAUCAGUGGUAUGCCCCACAGGGGGUGAUCAGUGGUAUGCCCCACAGGGGUGAUCAGUGGUAUGCCCCACAGGGGGUGAUCAGUGGUA